AUAAGCUUCAUUAUCAACCUCAUUCUUCCAUUCUCCACCUUCAAAACCCAAAAACAAAAAUGUCAAAAUCUCAAUGCAUUUUCUUUCUUCUUAUAAUUCUCCUUCUAACUUCAAACACUCACACAGUAGUAGGCCAUACUAAGGGAAUUAAGCCAAGAAAAAAACCUAAUCUACCGAUCAGUGUAAAUCAGACAAGAGCUGAACUCUCGGAAAUGCAGUUCAUGAAGUGGAUUAAGUUUGUCGGCAAACUAAAACAUUCAGUUUUCAGGACAGCAAAAAACAAGCUGUUCCCUUCGUAUACUCUUACAGUUGAUAAAAAUCCAAAUUAUGGUGAUUUUACUUCGAUACAAGACGCCAUUGAUUCUCUUCCUUUCAUUAAUCUUGUGAGAGUUGUCAUCAAGCUUCAUGCAGGAGUUUACAAAGAGAAAGUAAGCAUACCACCAUUAAAGUCCUUCAUAACAAUAGAAGGAGCAGGAGCAGAAAAAACAAUUGUAGAAUGGGGAGACACAGCACAAACACCAGGAGCAAGAGGGCAGCCUAUGGGAACAUACAAUUCCGCGACUUUUGCAGUAAAUUCGCCUUAUUUUAUCGCCAAAAACAUCACAUUUAAGAAUACAACGCCAGUACCGGCACCAGGCGCAAUAGGAAAACAAGCAGUGGCAUUCAGAAUAUCAGCAGAUACAGCAGCUUUUCUUGGCUGCAGAUUCCUGGGAGCUCAGGACACACUCUAUGAUCAUCUGGGGCGGCAUUAUUACAAAGAUUGUUACAUUGAAGGUUCCGUUGAUUUCAUCUUCGGCAACGCCUUGUCCUUAUUCGAGGGAUGUCACGUGCACGCGAUAGCGCAGUAUACGGGGGCGUUAACGGCGCAGGGGAGGAGUAGCAUAUUGGAUGACACGGGGUUUUCAUUUGUGAACUGUAAGGUCACGGGGUCGGGAGCACUGUACCUUGGAAGGGCAUGGGGUCCUUUUUCUCGAGUGGUGUUUGCUUAUACUUAUAUGGACAACAUUAUCAUUCCUAAAGGCUGGUAUAAUUGGGGCGAUCCUACUCGUGAAAUGACUGUGUUCUACGGACAGUAUAAGUGCACAGGACAAGGAGCUAGCUUUGCUGGGAGGGUAUCAUGGUCCAGAGAACUUACUGAUGAAGAAGCUAAACCUUUUAUUUCACUUACUUUCAUUGAUGGCUCUGAAUGGAUCAAGAUUUAAAACAUAUUUAACCAUUUUUUUAUGUUUUUUUAGAUGUUCAUUAGCAUAUGUAUUUUAGUGGUAAUUAGGAAUCUUAUUAUAUUUGAAUAAAGGGCCGUCCCAAUACUUAAACUUAUAAAACGGGUUUAUAUA